GCAAAAUGAUAAAUUUACAAAUCCUGCAUAAAUUCGGGUACACAUGCGCUCAGGUAUUAUAUAGAGCUUUGUAUACCGGGCAUAUUAAAUUUUUAAUUAUUUCUACAUCACGGAUAAAGAUUAUAAUGUUAUAUACAGACUAAACGAUUCUUUCUGCUAAUCGUUUUAAACAUCGAGAUCUGAAGACAAAGAGAGCGAGGACUAUAGAUUCAAUUAAACGACAUCGAGGACACACAAGUAGACUAAACAAAUCUUCUGCUAAUCGUUUUAAACAUCGAGAGCUCAAGAGAAAUAGAGCGAGGACUAUCCAUUCAAUUAAACGACAUCAAGGACACACAAGUAGGCACAGAUUUUGGCCAGUGGAAGUGAACACAUGACAGCCAUCUACAAUAAGUGAUAAGAACAGAACAUAUAUAAAGUAAAGUUUUAUCCUCAUUCAAGGUAGUAACAUUUGGUCCAUUAAUGAAAAACCAACAACUCGUUGUGGUAUAAUCUAUAGAGUGGUUUUCAAAGAUACAGUAGACAAGAGAGAGAAAAGAGGAAUUGUACACGGCAAGGAUUAAAGACCUAGACCCUCCAGACCAUGGACCCAUCAAGUACAACAUAUAGAGUACAUAAGUGCUCAAAGUGUCCGGGGGGCACGGAGUACUAUUGUGAAUCGUGUCCAUGUGAUCUGUGUCAAAAGUGUAAACAAAACCAUGUGAAAAACCUCAAAACAAUAGACCACAAUGUUGCCACAUACCGUGAUAAAUUCAACAACAUCCCAACACAAGAGAUCUGUGUGAGACAUCCUAGUAAUGUUUAUAGAAAGUAUUGUGAACCUUGUCAAGUUCCUGUGUGUGAUUCUUGCUUUGGACAUAAAUCUCACAGAUUCCCUGUUUCUCUCUUUCGACAAAGUAAGCACAAGACUCUUAGCUUACGAGGAGCUUAUAAAACAAAGCAACAACAACACAGAGGAACCAUCCACACCAUCAGAAGUGAUGCUCUCUUUUACAGACCUGUUCUCCUGCCACGAAUCACAGAUGACAUCAAAACCUGUCGCACAGAAUUCUCCCGCUAUCAAUCAGAGAUGUUAACAAAGGCCCAGAAACUGAAGGAUCUCAUUAACUAUGUGGUAUAUGAUCUAUUGAACAAAGUGUUUUGUGACUUUGAUUUCAAACACAGAUGUUUAAAACAGAAGAUGGAAACAAACAGACAUAUUGUCAGCCUACAGAGAUGUGUACACAUGUAUGAACAGUCAACAUUCAGUGCUCUACAAUUCCUCUCCUCCAUAAAGACAGCCCUCACCCAGAUACACCUUACACUCCACACCAGCCAGCUCUCCAUGACUGAGUCACUCAACAAGGAGGAUGUGAUGGAGUCACUGAGUGCAAUCCAAAUCACAGAGAGAGGAAACCGACGCGUAGGAAACCAGUGUCUGCUGAAACUGACGUCUGGUGCUGAGUUCCAUCAAUCUCUCACACUGACAGGUGUUGGUUGUUGUGAUCACAUUUCCUGUGUGACAUCAGACCGGGUCUGGGUCAGUAAUAUAAACAAUAUCAUGUUGACAGACACAACAGGUGUCUCUCUACAUCGUGUGGAGGAUUCAUGUAGUGAUUUAUAUGGAUUACACACAGUGAACAGUGAGAGUGAACUUAUUUAUGUAGAUAGGAAAUAUAACAUCAACAAACUGUCAAAGGAUAUGAAAACUACCACCACAUCUAUAGAGACAACAGACUCUACAUGGAUACCACGGUGUGUGUACUGGUCCCCGUCCACUGGGGAUCUACUGGUCGGGAUGUGUAACUAUUGGACAAAGACAGGCAAGGUAACCCGGUACAACCAGAGUGGACAACUCACACAAACCAUACAGAACGACAACACAGGACGGGGACUGUAUAGUAAACCUAACUAUAUAACAGAGAACAACAAUGGGGAUGUCGUGGUGUCUGACUGUAGCUUUAUCUCUAGGUCUGGUGCUGUAGUGGUGACAGAGCGUGGAGGAAGACAUUGUUUCUCCUACACAGGACCUCCAUCAGGAUCACGACUACAGCCACGUGGAAUCUGUACUGACGCGCUGUCACACAUCUUGGUGUGUGAUGAUACAACCAACACAGUACAGAUGUUGGACAGGGACGGUCAGUUCCUGUCGCAUCUACUGAUAAGACCAUCAGGGAUAUUCACACCAUGGGGCCUGAGUUAUGAUGUCAACACUCACCGUCUCUGGGUCGGAUCAGGGGACAACAAGACGGUGGUUAUAUACAGGUAUAUCACCAGACAGGACGCUCUGACAGCCUCUGCUGAUGCGAUGGAGUCACUGGGUGAAAUCUCAACCACAGGGACAGAAACACCACAGCAAGACACUGCUGAUAAACUCCACAGCAGCCAGCUCUCCAUGACUGAGUCACUCAACAAGGAGGAUGUGAUGGAGUCACUGAGUGCAAUCCAAAUCACAGAGAGAGGAAACCGACGCGUAGGAAACCAGUGUCUGCUGAAACUGACGUCUGGUGCUGAGCUCCAUCAAUCUCUCACACUGACAGGUGUUGGUUAUUGUGAUCACAUUUCCUGUGUGACAUCAGACCGGGUCUGGGUCAGUGAUAUAAACAAUAUCAUGUUGACAGACACAACAGGUGUCUCUCUACAUCGUGUGGAGGAUUCAUGGAGUGGUGAUCUAUUCGGUAAUGGAUUACACACAGUGAACAGUGAGAGUGAACUGAUUUAUAUAGAUAGGAAAUAUAACAUUAAGAAACUGUUAAAGGAUAUGAAAACAACCAAAGCACUGUUAAUGAAAAAAAAAUUCUUUAAAUGGAGACCACGGUGUGUGUACUGGUCCCCGUCCACUGGGGAUCUACUGGUCGGGAUGUGUAACUAUGAUACAUACACAGGCAAGGUAACCCGGUACAACCAGAGCGGACAACAGACACAAACCAUACAGAACGACAACACAGGACUGGGGCUGUAUAGACAACCUAACUAUAUAACAGAGAACAACAAUGGGGAUGUCGUGGUGUCUGACUGUAUUGGUUUUUCUGGUGCUGUAGUGGUGACAGAGCGUGGAGGAAGACAUCGUUUUUCCUACACAGGACAUCCAUCAGGAUCAGUACUACGGCCAUGGGGAAUCUGUACUGACGCGCUGUCACACAUCCUGGUGUGUGAUUAUACAACCGAAACAGUACAGAUGAUAAAUAAGGACGGUCAGUUCCUGUCACAUCUACUGACAAAAUCACAACAGAUGGGUGUACCACGGGGCCUGAGUUAUGAUGUCAACACUCACCGUCUCUGGGUCGGAUCACAUAACAACAACAAGGUGUGUGUCUACAGGUAUAUAGACACACAGGACGCUCUGACAGAUGAGGACACACACUCAACUGAUGAGGAUACACACUCAAGAGAUGAGGAUACACACUCAAGAGAUGAGGAUACACACUCAAGAUAUGAGGAUGUCUUUUCCAGCUCAACACCAGCUGUAGAAUGGAGAUAUCUGGGAUAUUGACAGGUGAGCAAACUUUAUCUCCAUGCCUUGUGGUUGAGUAACUGCAGCUUAACUUGUUAUAGAGAAAAGGAAAAAGGGUCAUAUCACUUCUAUUCUAGUGACUUGCACUGGCUUCCACUAAAAUUCCUUCCUACAUACAAAACUCUUGUGUACGCCUACAUAGCAUUGCGUAGAUCGGGUCCAGGACAAGAACUGAUUAUUAUCCGUAAAAUAAACCAAAUCCUACGAUCCGACGGAAGCUUGCUACUUAAUUUAUCGAGGGUGUGCACUUAAAGGACAAUUUGUCUAUGGUGAUCAUUCCUACUUACGACAGUCUUCCGAUGUGUAUUCCUCAUGCGUAAUCCGUUCAAAGUUUUUAAAAGACAAUUAAAUACAAUUUUUCUAAUUAGCAUUUAAUUAACUUUUGAGAAUUAUCAAUCUUGUGAUUUUUUGGGUUUGAAUUUUAAUUAUCCUCAUUGUUAUUUGUUGUAAAAUAAUGUUCAAUACUAUUAUUCUUUAAGUUACCUAUACAUGUACUAUGUUUUAUGUCAUGUCCAUUUUAUAUAAAGUUCGCUAGAGUGAUUAUGUUAUUAUAUGGAGCGCUACAAAACUUAUUUAUUUAUUACUAUUUUACUACAUAUGUUAUGGUAAUAUAAAGUUUCACCAAUGGACUCUGUGUUCUUUGUAUAUGACUUACGCACUAAUCAGUGAUUGUAAUUUUUAUAAGUUUUAUAUAGGUAAAACUUUCUGUAGAUUGUUAUAGGUAUAGUAUCAGUAUUUAUACACUUUUGCCCUGUAUUUAUAUCCUUUGACAUUAAUUUAAAGGGCCGGAUGCAGUUUGGUGAAAGGUUAAAGCUGUCCCUUGAAAUUUUUGCUGUGUGUGACAAAGUUUUAUUUUUCAUUUUUGAGAAGUACACAGGCAAUCUUGCAUAUUAGCUUAAUGUCAUAGUCAAAGGGGAAUAACUCAAAUCUGUAUAUUUCAGUUUUAAGAUGGUAUCAUGUUGUGACGUACUAUAUUUUGAAAUAAACAAUAAAAUGAAG